AUGGCAAUGCAUUCCCCUCAAAUUCUCCUCGAUCCGCGCCCUCUCAAACCGGAAGACGGGCCCAAACUCGCUAAGGAUUCGAAGGAGGCCAGCCAGCGAUACGUGGUUAACGAGAUCAAAAAGCUUAUUGAAGGCUGCGAAGACUUCAUUGGGCUGGUGGCCGGGAAGAAAGGCAGUCCCGAGAUUCUAGCAUCACCCAACUUGAGGCAGCACAGACAUACGAUCCUCGGGGAUGCUCAUGGAAACUUUGUCCAGUAUCUGAGCGACCGCGCUAUGAUGACAGGCAUGUCCUGCUCGGAGACCAAGGCGACUGUGCUGACUGGCCUAGGUAAAGACCUUGCAUCCGCCAGACAAGCUUCGAAGCUUCAAAAGCAGCUCCCGGAAACAGACUCCAAGAUGCCGAGUGGCUCGAUCUCCUAUACUUUCCAGCGGCCUCCCAAGCGGCAUCGUUCUAGGACGAUCAAUCCCCGGAACCCUGCCAGACCAAGAACUCAUCAAAACAGCCAAGGAGUCCGACUGGUGUGUGAGACUCCUGCGUCCCAAAUCCGAGUUGACGACCGGGAGAAGUUGGAGCAAUGGUUCGAGCAGGCAUUCUUGACCUUGCAACAGGUGGCGUGCCGUCUAGUGGCCAAGAUUUGGAUCAAAAAGAUCCAUCCCAAGAAGCAGUCAACCCACCCAUACAACGGCGGGAUGCCCCGUGGUGAACCCGCUGAUUCAAAUCGCACCAAACCGCCAUACUGGCCUAAAAAUGUCAUUCACCGCGAGCCCGAUCAUAUCGGACGUGAAGACAGAACUAGCCUUUUGGUCCACCUCAUCAUGGGAACGCCACAGCCCAUCAUCACGAACCCGCCAGACCUGCAGAACCAACAAGCGGUCACUGCAGGUGACCUGUUGGAGUGCCUGGAGGUCAAGCGGGAUGAAUUGAGAGAAGACCGCUGGGAAAUCCUGGAGCAGAUUGCCAGAGCUCGACAGAUGAUGGAACAGUAUGAAGCCGGCGAAAUCGACGGCGAUUCUUUGGUCUUCCUCAACGACUACAGUGACGGCUUCAGACUCACGCCCAAUGAUUCCGAGGAUGAGGUCUCUGGGCAGACUACUCUCCGUCAAGCAGUCUCAAGCGAUCGGUCCCACGAUGAGGAGUCGGCUAUGGAAGCCGACGUGACACCGGUGUCGUCAGCUCAAAAUUCUCCAGGAGCAACGCUUCAUGAUGGCAAUCUGCAAGCCAGCAGGCACCGAGGUUCAAUGGCCGGCGAAGGUGCAAGGAGUCGUCGUAUGGCCGGGCGCAAACCACGGCUUACUGGACAUACUGGACGGAUCACGUCCGCAAUGCCGCCGCAGCAUGCCCAGGAACUCCAGCACGAUAUGGCCAUGGGCACACUGAAGGGCGAAUACAACAUUGCCGGCCCAAUGAAUGAUGCGAUGCUUUGUGACCCGAGGGGCGUUCUCGAUCCUUCACACAGUGGCCGUGGAAUGAUGGUCGGCAUACCCCAGCAGGUACCGUCCAACGCCUUUGAAGGUGUUCUCGACCAUCAUGCCAGCAGGGACAUGUCAGCCUGUCUAGCACCACAUGGGGCCCGUCACUCUCUAAGUUCGCAAGGCUGGCUAGGGAUGAUGCCCAGCGAUAUGGGACCAGUGCCGCUGGAGCAGAUUUUUGGUCUUACCCCCCAUAUUGUCACCAACCCGGAGUUGGGCCAUGCGUUCUAUGGUCAGAUCGAGCACGACAUGGGUGGCAGCAUGCAGAGUGGCCUGUCGUUGAUGAAUCCCAUGCAAUAUCAUGAAUAUGGCGAUGGCAAUCAGCGCAACCUACCGCUUCGGGGGAUUGACGCAUCCCAACCUGGCAUUUCAUCGCAGCAGGAACUGAAGAUGGAUAUGAUGUCCGGCUCAUACUAUCGAUUGUGA